GGAUAGGCGGCGGCUAUGCGUCGUCAUGCGCGGCUGGCAAGUUGGCAGAGUUUAUUCCGCUCGCGCCAGGGAAGCAGCGACAAGGCGGAAGUAGAGCUGGCUGCCUCAACUCUCUUCCAGCGAUGGAGCAGUAGGCACCGAGAACUACCGAAACACCGCAUAACCUCCUCCAAACAGUCGCUACGGGGGGACGCGGAGACCUCCCUCUCACCCAGGUAUAAUUCAGAGCUGGACCGUGGUGGUGGUCCUGAUGAUUCCAGUUCCAUGAAUUCCUUGCGGAUCUCCGUUCGAGGCCUUCCCGCCCUGGCCUUCAUGGCCGGCGCUGCCUCCGACCCCCGCUUCCGGCUAAAAUGGAGGGCCAUCAUCGUGGCAAUGCUCCUCGCCCUCGCCCUGCUGCUCUACCUGCACCAGACAACGGUGGUCGGAACUGGCGGCAAUGACGUCUUUGGCGGCUUCCAUCACCACGGUAACGGGGCGCACAGCUGGUGGACGAACAAUGUCAAUGAAGUAAACAAUAAUGGUAACCGCCAACCGGUGGCUGCAGUGGGAUCCAAUGGCGGUGUCAACUCGAAGAAUAAACACUACAACGACACAUAUCCUCUCAGCCCGCCGGAGAGGACGGCGUCCGGGAGCAUCCGGUACCGUAUUGGGGUGAUCGCCGACUUGGACACGGCCUCAAGGAGCACCAAGGGUCAGACGUGGUUCAGCGUCAUGCGGAGGGGCCACCUGGUGGUGUCAGAGAGUGGGGACAGAGUGGAGGUGGAGUGGGACACAGACAGCCUGACCCUGGAGAGCCACCUGGCUGAGAAGGGACGAGGUAUGGAGCUGUCGGAGCUAGUUGCGUUCAACGGUCACCUGUACAGUGUGGACGACCGUACAGGAGUUGUCUACAGGAUAGAGGGGAACCAGGCGGUACCCUGGGUUAUACUGACUGAUGGAGACGGGUCUGUCUCAAAAGGGUUCAAGGCGGAGUGGCUGGCGGUGAAGGAUGAGUGCCUCUACGUGGGUGGUCUGGGUAAAGAGUGGACGACCACUACCGGAGAGUUCAUCAACGACAACCCCCAAUGGAUCAAGGUGGUGGGUUACCGCGGCGACGUGGAACACGAGAACUGGGUGCCGCGUUACAACGCCCUGCGCAGCGCAGCCGGGAUUCAACCGCCAGGUUACCUGAUCCAUGAGUCUGCGGCGUGGUCCGACCGCCUCCAGCGCUGGUUCUUCCUCCCCCGCCGCGCCAGCUCCGAACGCUACGAUGAGAUCGCCGACGAGCGCCGCGCCACCAACCUCCUCCUCUCCUGCCCCUCGGACUUUGGCGACAUCACCGUGGGGCACGCUGGACCCCUCCACCCAACGCACGGUUUCUCCUCGUUCAAGUUCAUACCGGACACCGACGAUCAGAUCAUGCUCGCGUUGAAGUCGGAGGAGGACGCGGGGAAGAUAGCGACGUAUAUCCUGGCGUUUACGUUAGACGGGAGGAUGUUACUGCCAGAGACCAAGAUAGGAGACCUGAAGUAUGAAGGACUGGAGUUUAUUUAAAAUGGAGGGAUGGGGAGGAAAGAAGAGAUCCUUAGGAGAGACUGGAGGAUGCAGAAUACAACAGGACAGGUUGUUAGAACUUACAAACAUCACCUACCUGUGAGGUAGGAGGACUCUGUUCCAGGAAGGUCCCAGUCAUCAAGGUUGUCCAGAAAAACGACUAGUGUUUGGUGACACACACCCUAAGAUUCUUCACAUGGGCAACUUCCUGCCCCCAAAGGAGUCUGGGUAAUGUAGUCCACUAAGUCUGGGUUUAAACAGGCAGCCCAAUUCUGAGGUUUUUACCCAUCACAUCUGACUGGUCAAAAUAAUUGGCUGCAUAUCUAAACGCAGCCGAAGAAGACCUAUAGUUGAACAGUGGUCAAACAACGGUGACGCUCACAGGAACAAAAAUACUAAAAUUGACAGGGUUGUGUUCAGUAGGCACAAAUCGGAAACAUUUUAGUCAUUUAGCAGAGGCUCUUAUCCAGAGCGACUUACAGUAGUGAAUGCAUGCAUUUUUUUUUUGUACUGGCCCCCCGUGGGAAUCAAACCCACAACCCUGGCGUUGCAAACACCAUGCUCUACCAACUGAGCCACAGGGAAUUACCUGAAGUUGUCCAAUAAGGCCAGUAAUUUUUGGGGUUCUGUUAAUGUAUUUUUUUUACGUUUGUGCCUUCUGAAGAGGACCCUUGUUUAAAGUAACACUGACUCAAACGACGUUGGGUUGUCAACAUUUGCCAUACGUUGAACAGACUACUGAAUAAGAUGCAUGAUCUUCUUCCACCAGCUGUUAUGUUAAUAACUUGUUAACUCUCUUAAAACAGAACACCUCAGAUUAAAAUGUUAAUUGUUAUGUCA